AUGAACGCGACGCUGUUCCUGGAUUACGACGGAGGCUUGACUCGGUACUUCCCCCUGAACUGCUCGUACCUGAACGUGAGCGACUCGGAGGCGGCGCAGAACUGCUCGCUGGGGGUGUUCUCCGGCGAGGUCUCCCCCAUCCACAUGGUGGCCAACAUCGUCAUGCAGACGUGCUACGCCGUGGCCUUCCUGGUGGGGCUGUGCGGCAACACCCUCGUCAUCUACGUCGUCACCAGGUUCUCCAAGAUGCAGACGGUCACCAACCUCUACAUCGUCAACCUGGCCAUCGCCGACGAGCUCUUCGUGGUUGGGAUCCCGUUCCUGAUGAUCACGUCGGUGCUGGGCUACUGGGCCUUCGGCACCUUCAUGUGCAAGCUGUACAUGAUCACGACGUCGCUCAACCAGUUCACCAGCUCGCUCUUCCUGACCAUCAUGAGCGCCGACCGGUACAUCGCCGUCUGCCACCCCAUCAGCUCCCCCAAGUUCCGGACGCCCAUGAUCUCCAAGCUGGUGUCCCUGACGGCCUGGACCACCUCGGCCCUCAUGAUCGUCCCGGUCUUCAUGUACUCCAACAUCCUCGAGUACAACGACCUCGUCAACUGCAACAUAUUCUGGCCCGACAGUUUCGGCAUCAGCGGCCAGUUCGUCUUCACGCUCUACUCCUUCGUCCUGGCCUUCGGGAUCCCCCUCGUCCUCAUCUUCAUCUUCUACGCGCUGGUGCUGCAGAAACUCAAGUCCGUGGGACCCAAGACCCGGUCCAAAGAGAAGAAGAAGAGCCACAGGAAGGUGACGAAGAUGGUGCUGACGGUGAUCUCCGUGUACGUCAUGUGCUGGCUGCCGUACUGGGUGCUGCAGCUGGCGCUCAUCUUCAGUCCCCCGGGCGAGGGCCAGAGUCCCUUCAUGGUCAUCCUCUUCCUCAUCUCCUCCUGCCUCUCCUACAUCAACUCCGCCAUCAACCCCAUCCUCUACGCCUUCCUCAGCGAGAACUUCAAGAAGAGCUUCAUGAAGGCGUGCAUCUGCGCCACCAGGAAGGACGCUAACAGCUCCCUGGCGGUCGAGAACUCGGUCUUCCCGCGCCGUCGCGGUGGUUCGUCGCGUCCCAAGAACGCCAAGACCAACGAAAUGGAGUCGAACGACGCCUUCACGACGCAGUGCACCAGGGACGAGCUCACCACCGCCAUCACCAUGACCACCAGGUCCACCGUCAGCCAGGUGGCCAGGGAGAACGGCACCGAGAUCCCCACCUCCCAGCUCUGAACCCACCGUCACCUCACGCCACUAAAAAUGUAAUGUAACAUUGAAGAAAACAUCAGAUACCAAAUGAUAAUGCAGUUAUAAUUCUUUUAACUUGUUACAUUUACUAGAGUACACACA